AAACGGUGCGUUUAAAAUGACCCAAUUCGACCUCCAAAAUCCAAAUCGCCCUGCAAGCAGAGAAUCGAAGGGGUUCGGACUUGGGACUGGAAGCAUCCUUGCACAUCAAUAGAGGCUAAGAACUGGCGUUUCUCUGCCGGUUUUGAGUGAUUUGUGGUUACAGAAGAAUGCUUCCGCAGCGGAUGAAGAAGACCAUCACUGAUAAUCCAAAGAAGCUAGCCAAUUUGAUUGACCUUGUAAAUCUUCCCUCAACACUUCGAGAGUUUGUGGGUCAGUCUCAAAUUUCUCGGUUAGGCUGUUUUAUCCGGGUUUGGUCCUACAUCAAAACGAAUAAUCUCCAGGAUGCAAACAAUAAGAAUGUGGUGAACUGUGAUGAAAAGUUGAAGAGUAUUCUGUCGGGAAGAUCUCAAGUUGAGUUGGCAGAACUUCCUGAACUGAUCAAGCUGCAUUUUCCAAAAGCACCCAAGUAAAUGUAUGAUAUCAAUCACCUUGUCUGCCUAUUUAGAAAGCAGCCUCUUGCGCAAGAUGAGAAUCCAAAUUAGUUUAUAUUUUACUAUUUGCAUGCUAUCUUUAUCUUUUAGAACAUGAUGGAGCAGAUGUUUGAUCCCAAAAUUUCUUGCUAACUAUUCACAUUGCUUACCACCAGACUAAACUUAGAGGCUGAAUGGAUUGUAGAGUUGAAAGGAAUUAAAAAAAAAAAUGAAUUGAGAAACAUAAUGUCGUCAACAAGAAACUGCUUCUGUUCACCUA